CAUUGGUGGUUGGGCGAGUGAGCCCCGCCCGUCGGCUUUGGAGCCCUCUCUCUCUCUCUCUCUCUCUCUCUCGCCCUUUCCUCCCUCCUUUCGUGCCGCUUCGGGCUUCUUCCUCCGCCCUCACUCCCCUCUCUCCUCCCCCCAUCCGCCACCUCGUCUCUACCAUCCCUAAGCCUCGGUCACGCGUCACCUCCUUUCCUCACCCUCUAGGGAUGGAGUAGGAGAAUCACAAAAGGUUUUUGGGUUCUUGUGGAUAGUAUAGAUGGAGGGGAAUUAAUCUUCUAACAGCUCAACUGAAGAACAACAAAGAAGUAUCAUCUCCGAAGUUAAUCGUCAUCCAAUGGGGGGAGCUUGUUCCAGGAAGAGAGACCUUCUCGAUGAAGAUGAUUUGCGCAGGUCUGGAAGAUACUCUAAGAGUGGAAGCUCAAAAUGGUUAUUACUUAUGCUGCCCCGUUGCAGCACAGAUGUCACAGCUGGAAGGCAAGGAAAGUGCCCUUCGCUCAUGGAGUUGUGUGUGGCUAAAGUUCGUGAGGAUAUAAAAAGGUAUACCAGCUUUUCCAUGCUUCCAAGAGACCUUAGCCAGCAGAUAUUCAAUGAAUUAGUGGAAUCUCAUUGCCUUACUGAUGGAUCUCUUGAAGCUUUUUGGGAUUGUGCUCUUCAGGAUAUUCAUCUUGGAGAAUAUCCAGGAGUGAAGGAUGGUUGGAUGGGCAUAGUUUCUUCUCAGGGGCAAUCACUUUUGUCCCUUGAUAUCUCUUGCUCUGAUGUGACAGAUUCUGGACUGUUUCUCCUGAAAAAUUGCUCCAAUAUCCAGAGCUUGAAAUGUAAUUACUGUGACCAAAUAUCAGAUUAUGGCUUAGAACACAUAUCUGGACUUCCAAACUUGACGUCUUUAAGUUUCAAGAAGAGCCAUGCUAUCACUGCCGAAGGAAUCAGGUCUUUUACCAACUUAAUUAACUUGGUAAAUUUGGAUCUGGAGAGAUGCUUAAAGAUUCAUGGUGGACUUAUUUAUUUGAAAGAUUUGAAAAAGCUUGAAUCCCUUAACAUCAGAUACUGCAAUUGUGUAACAGAUGCAGACAUGGAGCCUCUUUCAGGUCUUACAAACUUAAAAGAGUUGCAAAUGUCAUGUUGUAAAGUUACUGAUGUGGGCAUCGCUCAUUUGAGAGGCUUAUCUAAAGUUGCUCACUUGGACCUGGAGGGUUGUCCAGUUACUUCUUCUUGCUUGGAUGUUAUAUCAGGCUUCACAUCAUUGGUAUUUCUGAACUUGAGCCGAUGUGGUAUAUCUGAUGAUGGAAGUGAGAAUUUUUCCGGGCUUCAGAAGUUGAAAGUCUUGAACUUGGGGUUCAACAACAUUACUGAUGCAUGUUUGGUGUAUCUUAAAGAAUUGAUCAAUUUGGAGAGCUUAAAUUUGGAUUCUUGCAAGAUUGGUGAUGAAGGUUUAUUAAACUUGAAAGGCCUUCUACAGUUAAAAUGUUUGGAGCUGUCAGAUACUGAAAUUGGAAGCAAUGGACUGAGCCAUCUCUCUGGUUUACACAACUUGGAGAGUAUCAAUCUGUCAUUUACAGCAGUAACUGAUGGUGGUUUGAGGAGGCUGUCUGGAUUAACUUCCAUUAAAUCUCUUAAUUUGGAUGUUCGCCAGAUAACAGAUGUAGGCUUAACGGCUAUUACCGGUCUUACUGGAUUAACCCAUCUGGAUCUUUUUGGAGCUCGUAUCACAGACUUAGGGACAAACUGUUUCCAGCAUUUCAAGAACCUGCAGUCACUUGAGGUAUGUGGUGGGUCGAUAACCGAUGCUGGAGUCAAGAACAUCAAGGACCUCAAAUCUCUUACUCUAUUAAAUCUGUCUCAGAAUUGCAACCUCACAGAUAAGACUCUGGAAUUGAUUUCAGGAUUAACUGCAUUGGUUUCUCUUAAUGUAUCAAACUCACGCAUAACAAAUGCUGGAUUACAACAUCUGAAACCACUGAAGAAUCUGAGAUCACUUACCCUGGAGUCAUGCAAAGUAACUGCUACCGAAAUAAAGAAGCUACGGUUGGCUGCGCUGCCAAAUCUGCUUAGCGUUCGACCCGAGUAGUUCGAGGCCAAGCAUCUGUAGAUAGUCUGCCUCUGGACAGAUGACAGUGUGUGCACAUAUAAGGUGAUCUGCCAAGCGGUAGGGAAUCCGACGGAGUCGUAAAUAAUGGGUGAUGUCUAGUCCUUGUGUUCUGAUCUAGUUUAAUUUAGAGGUGGGCAAACUUGCACAUAUAACUAAUGCAGUAGUAUGUAAAUAUGCUUCAUCCUGAACACAUGCAAGUAUUCUCACCUGAAAUAAUGAUUGUAAAUAUUUAUGUACAUAUGUUGGGAUUAUGUUGGUUUCUGUUUCA